CUGCCCCGCAUCCGCCUCUCCCCGCCCUCCUGCCCCUCAUCCGCCUCUUCCUUACCCUCCUGCCCCUCAUCCGCCUCUCCCCGCCCUCCUGCCCCUCAUCCGCCUCUUCCUUACCCUCCUGCCCCUCAUCCGCCUCUUCCUUACCCUCCUGCCCCUCAUCCGCCUCUUCCCCGCCCUCCUGCCCUCCGGCAUGGCGCAGGGGGAGCCGCGGCGGUGCGGGGUGCACUCGGGGCGGCCGCUGGAGCUGUUCUGCGAGGACUGCGGGUGCUGUGUGUGCGCCCUGUGCCCGGUGCUGGGCUCGCACCGCGGGCACCGCGCCUGCCUCCUGCCGCACGCCGUCCGCCGCACGCAGGAACUCAUGACAUUGUGUUUGAAGGAUCUAGAAGAGAGAAAAGAGCAAGAAGCUGGUAACAAAAGGAGCAUAGAGCAGGCUGUGAAUUAUGUGAAGGCGCAUGCUGAUAUGAUCAAAAAGCAGCUGUCCGAAAAAAUAACUGAGCUUCAGUUACUUUUUCGAGAAGAAGAGAGUCUGGCAAAAAACUUCAUUGAUGAAAAGACUCAGCAAGCCCUGGGAGCACAUGAUCAGCAGUUGCAGUCCUGUCAAGAACAGCUUGCAGCCCUAGAGACCUUCACAUGUCGAAUCAGACAAAUAGAACAGGACAGUGAUCCCGUUCGUUUGCUGGAGAAGUACACAGAAAUCGAGAAGGAAAUUAAGGAAUCCAGGCAUGUGUUAGAAGAGUGGCAUCCAAUACCUCUUUCAUUUGAACACCUGCUCAACCAUUAUAAACAUUUCAUCAGAGUUCUUCAGCCCAUUCUAGAAAAACCACUGGAAGCCCGGCUUAAAGAAGAUGUUUUCAGUAGCCUUAACGCCACUGCAAAGAAGGAGCCCGGAACAGUGCUGAAAACCAUGACUCCUAUUGAUCGGUUGCUUUUCUUAAAACAUGCAAGAUCACCAUCCUGGGAAUACGACAGCAUUCACCCAAGACUGAAAUUGUCUGAUGACCGUCUCGAAGUAAGCUGUAGCUGGAGGAGGAUAUUUUACCCCUGUGGUCCCCAGAGAUUCGAUACCUUAUGGCAAGUACUAAGCAGAGACGCAUUCCUYUCUGGGAGCCAUUACUGGGAAGUUGACCUGGUUCGUGCUGGAGCAGGAUGGUGGAUUGGUGCAGCCUACCCUUCCAUUGGKAGGAAAGGAGACUCUGAAGCCUGUCGGCUGGGCUGGAAUAGAGCAUCUUGGUGUCUAAAGAAGUUUGAYCUUGAAUACUGGGCGUUUCACAAGGGAGAGAGAAUCCCCAUCCUUGUAGAAGAUGAYCCUGAUUGCAUUGGCAUUUUUCUAGAUUAUGAAGCAGGAAUUCUUUCAUUCUACAAUGUCAGUGACGGCAUGGCUCAUUUGCAYACCUUCCGCUGCAAGUUCACAGAACCAGUUUAUCCCGCCUUGAGACUCUGGGAAGGGUSCAUUAGAACAUGCAAACUAACAUAAGAAACAGAGCAAAAUAAAGCCUACUAUUUCUAUGAAUGCCACUUCAGCAAUUAYCUACAUUAAUUCAUCUCUGCUCUAUGAAAGUUGUAAUUAUGAUGCUUUUAGAAGGUAACUUAAGUUCAAGAAAAUCAACAGUAAUUUUUAAUGUACAUGUAUUUUUCUAUGGGGGAAGGUGAUCUGAUUUUUAUAAAUGGUCUUGAUGUACCACCUGAAGUGCUGUGUGUAAUGUUUUUCAACUUGCAAAAUGGAAGAAGUCUGGUUGAAAGAAAAAUAAUACAACUCAGACUGGAACCUGGAUAUUGACUUUAAAAAAACAAAACAACUUAAUGAACUCCCUCCCCUCAUGAGCCUGAAAUUGUGCAUGGCAACAGGUUUAGUUUUAUUCAAGCUUCAAGAUAUUCUAUAGCAUAUCAUUACCACUGACAAAGUCAGAUUU